AUGGCUGUAGAGUACAAUCGCUUGUUAAGGUUGGAGUCACAAAUUGAGAAAACUGUCCUGAAGUGCAUAGAGAGUGAAGGUGGCAUGUUUCUCCCUCCGGAUAUUGUGAAAGGACAGCAUGUAUUUUUUGCUAUUGAUAAUAUCGAUUUCUCAGAGGAUAUGCCGGACGGGAGGCGUACUCUACACGGCACAGCAAUGGCUAUUUAUCAGAAAGUGGAACCCCAAGAUGAAGAACCUGUAUUAAGGUACCAUUACUGUUCUACUAAGAAGCAUGAUGCACUCAUUUAAUCCCAAGUGCUCGAUGGGAGGGGGGUUAAUUAGAUAAUAGACGUUUAAUUUUACUUUUACUUUGGCAUGACUGGUCUGUGUGAUUCAGGUUUUUCUUUGUUUCAAUAAGAAUAGCUAGUAAGUUAAAAGCUAAUCUCAUUUCUAGGAUGUAGGAUAGAAAAGAUCCCCUUCUUGAACAGCAUUUUGCUUCAUAAGUAGAUGUUGUUGCGUUUUGUUUUUCAUUUUGAUAGAUUAGAGGAGCCAAAUGAUUCAUGCCGUUCUGUAACAGAACUGCCCAAAUCGCUGACAUCUUUAAUGCCAUGCGUGGAGCCGCCAUCAAGGCCCCCUUCUCUUGUGUACCCUACAUUUGAGCUGUCAUCAGAACAAGAGUUGCCCCAAAACAUCCAUGAUGAGAAUGCUACCUGGAUAGUGUCUCAUACCCUGAAAGGCCAUGAUACCCCAAGUGAUGAUGAUAAUGAUGAGCCUUCUGUACCAGUAUGGUCAGCCUACAACUCUUUGGUAAAUGAAGCACUACCUGUCACACAUGUCGGUGCUCCUCCAUUGUUGGCGCAUCCUGCUCAUUAAUGGAGCAUGCUCCUCACAGUUCUAAUGCUUGCUCAAAAUAUCUGUUAGAGUAGUUGGUCCCGGGAGGAAAACAGUCAUAUCGCUAGACUUUGGUUUGUAUCUGCCCACCAAACGAUUACAGAUGGCCCGAUGCGAGCUCAAGAACAUUCUCCCUCGACCAGGGGAGCUGCAUGUGGUUAGGGCUAUGCUGAGGACCAUUGGGUCAUAUAUUGACAGUAGUGGGAUAGACAUGUGCUGGAUCAAGCCGGAACUUUAUGGCCCCUCCACUGUUAAACAGAUAAUCGAUGGCAAGCAUGUUAAGCGCGGUAAAAGAGCACACAUGAUCACCUUACAGGCUUUAUUUUCCUUAUACCUGGAAGCAUUUCUAAAAGGCUCUCCUGAUGUACAUCAUAUCCUUGAGGAACUCUCUAUGAAAGUUGGGGAUGCGUGCAAAGAAGGCACUAGGGAGAACAUCCAGACGGCACACCAUAGCUCUACCAAUGCGAUCCAGUCUUCUGAAGUAGUCAAGAAGAUGUCUGAUUUUGACGCUGCAAAUGCCACAAAUCCUCUCUUUACUGUAUUUUGCCAAUACAUGUGCAUGGUAAUGGAGAUGUUCGCAUUCAUCCAGGCAGUCCACAGUGGUGAUUGGAAGCUCCAUCUAAUUGCACUGGAGUUGUUCACAAAGUACUUCUUUGUGCACGACAAGAUCUGUUAUCUAAGGAUGAUCCCCCUGUACGUAGCUGAAAUGGCAUCCCUCGAAUCAUCAGACCCUGAGAUCUAUGGAGAGUUCAUCACAGGAAACUGGGUGGUGAACAAAAACAAGGUGGUUCCCUUCUGUGCUGUUGGUGGUGAUACUGCAUUGGAGCACCUCAAUCGAUCUAUGAAAGUUUCUGGUGGGCUUGUAGGGAUCACUUUGAAUGAGAGUGCACGGGCCAAGUUUUUCCUCAUUGCCCCAGAACUAGCCCGACUCACAGCAGAAGCCAAGGCAAUGGCGGGUCUUGUUGCGGAACGUGCACACCAUCAAGAACUAAACUCAGCUGUUUUGGCGCAUGAAGAUAACAGCAUAAAUAAGUUGACCGAAACAAUCAAGACCUUCACCAAUCCCUUUUCAUCAGACCAGAACACCAACACAGAUCUGUACAACUUGGUCACAAAAGUUGUGAUGAAUGAGAAAACGAAGAAGAUCUUGUUAAUCAGAGUGAAGAAGGGAGAGAGCUAUUCAGUGCUAUUGUACAAGAUAGGAUCAAGACAGGAAAGAUCAACCUCUGGGCUCCUGUAA